UACUGAGAGUUGACAGUCCCAAGAGUCGCAACCAACUUCACAGUUGACCAGGGCUGCAGAACCACAUUGAAAUAUUGUGGUAUUCUCUGAGUUUUGCACAGUAAACAAAUCGCAACCAUGUCCGACAAAGCUGCAGCUCCGAAACCUGCUGGACGUCCGAUGAGAUAUCCAUACACUUUCUCGGCUAAAAUUGCCCAAUUCCCAAUCAAGCAUUACAUUAAGAAUCAAUGGAUCUGGCGCUACUACUUCAUUGCCGCAAUCGCUUGCGUGCCUGUGUUCUACAAGAUCAGCCGAUUGGCCAACUCGCCCGAGAACAAGAAGGCAUGGGCUGCGAGCAAGGCUAAGGAGGCUGCCGAGCACCAUUAACUUGCUAAGCUCAGUGUGCUGCCAUUGAAUUAGUUGUUUAAAGUUGCAUCUACAUUUCGAAGCCGCUUCAGGUGGCAUAACUUGAAUAUUGAUUGGUGAAUAAAUGAUUUAAAACGUA